AUGACUGAUCCCUUGAUGGUGACUGGCUUCAGAACAGUCUUUUGCCUCUUAAAGUCCACCAUCAACUCCUUAGUCUGUGCAGACAUGUCGUCCAAUUACUCAGCAAAUCAGUUUGAGAGCUCCUUCAGGACACACAGUCACAACAACUGGUGUGAGACUAAACACUUCAAACAGAGACCCCAAGCAAAGACUGGUCACACCACUAUAAUUGCCGAUGACAGAGGACACCUGCUCCCAGGAGUGGUUAAGAGAGGCAGUGCAUGGCCAGACUUUAAGGGGACCUGGGAUCUUCCUUCUCGUAUCCCAGCCUGCCACAUCAACCCUACAGGCCGCUCUGUGGAGGGCCUCAACAGGCUCAAGUCCUGGGGCUUCUACCGACAGCACACAGGAAGAUCUCAGCCACACAGCUGCGGCAGGAAGUCAGAAAGGCUGCAGGAUUUUAGCAAGCAGACCAACAGGGACGUGCAGCAGGACUGUGCCACCCCAGCCUCCACAGCUAAGGCCUGUCCAGCAUCUCAGAACUGCCCCAUCGCUGGAGAUGAGUCAACCCCUGACCAAAACCAGGACUUGCAGGCAGCAGUUGUUCGAUCCGUUGUUCAGUCCGAUGAAAACAAACAAACUGCUCAGGCGGCCAGGAGUGAGAGGCCGGUGAGCCAGUGGUCUGCAUCUGAAGAGAAGUCAGGUGCUGGAGAGGGAACCGUCAGCCAACCCCAAACUGCUGAGGGAGACCAGUGA